AUGAGCACAGAGGAGAAUGGUUCGACUAGAUAUAGAGGCCCUCAUCCUCACCUUGUUAAUGUCCUGAAGCAAAGGCGUAGUGGGUAUGAGCCAUCAGAUACAGAAACUGAUUGGCAAGAUAGUCCAACGCGUGAUCAGAAAAAUGGAGCUUUUGGUCCUGAGAGUCCAAUUCAGUUAGAUUUACCAAGAAAUGUCAGCCCUUUGAAAAACAGCAGGAGAUUUUCUUCAAGAUUUGAUGAUUAUUCUCCAAAGAAGGACUCUGUUUCCAGUCCUCCUCGAAGGAGGCACAGCAGCAAGUCGCCCUACAAGCCACAAAGAGAUAAUCGUGGUGCUGUUUCACCUAAACCCAGGCAGAGAAACGUUAGUCCCUUGUCAAAGCCAGACAAAGGAAGACAAAUUUCUCCUUUUAAAUCUGGGAGAAAGGAGCAUGGUAUGCAUGAAGAUGGUGAGAUUGUAAGCUCCAACAGAAGGAAAAAUCAAAGGAUGCCUACUGGAGAAGAAAGGAGCACUCAAUUACAAUUUGACGAAGACAGUAGAUUGAGUGAGAGGCAGAAUGCUAGUCGAAGAAUGACAACGGCGCCAAAACAAAGGGCCUGGGACAAGGAACAGGUAAAUAGUCAUGAUCAUAAAGAGCAAAAGGGGGGAAGAAGCCCAUCACCUUUGUCAAGGAGCAUGAGCCGUAGACAAAGGGAAAGAGAAGUUUCUCAUACAAAAGCAGCUUCUGUUGGUGAACUGAAUGAGAUUGUUGCUAACAUUAAGCUUUCUAAAGAUUCUACGCUUAAUGUUCCAAAUUUUGAAAGCACGGAAUCUAUUUCUCCUGGUGAUAUCUUCUUUUCUGUUGACCAGACAGCUUUGGGGAUGCAGAAGAAUGGCAUAUUAAAGGACAACAACGUAACCAAUUUGUACCUGAAACCCGCAUCGUUUCCUCACAUGGAUUCUGUUCUUCUUCAGCGUAAUAAAGUAAAUGGUAAUAUCGAUCAUAACUCACAAAGAACUUCGACAACAAGUUCUGGUUCACGAAUGACCAUGACGUCAGCCUCUGCUGCAAGUAGGCAGAGCAGUAGCAAACUUAGCAGCGACAGUAGCAAGAUAAGUGAUGCAAGUGGUAGAACAAGUGGGAGCUUGAAGAAGUUCACCGAAAACCGGAAGAAAAAACAAACAGAAGCUUGGUUUUCUUGUUUGAAGAAGGGACCAUGCAAGACCUCAAAAUCACCUGGAAAAAAACGUUUUGAUGAAGCAUCAUUCAUCGAGAAGGCAUUUGUGGUUGAAAGCUUGAGACAGUUUUGGGCUGAUAAGCAUCAACCCGGUUCAUUGAAUGGAUUUACAUGCCACAGACAUGAAGCUCAAAUUCUCGGUCAACUUGUAUCACAUGACAGCAUUCCUCACAUUUUGCUGAAGGGACCAUCCGGUUCUGGCAAAAAAGCGCUAGCAAUGGCUCUGAUAGGCGAUAUAUUUGGUGAUGCGUGUUGGCAUGAACAAAGGGGAGCAGCACAGGUAGCGGUUCCAAUAACAUCCAGUGCUCAUCAUGCAGAGAUCAAUGUAAAUUCGGAGCCAAAUGCUAAAACUGCAUUAAUGGGUUUAGUGAAGGAAAUAAGUAACACUUAUGCUAUUGCCCCUGAUGUUAGCAACGUCAAUUGUAAGCCAGAUUAUAAAGUAUUAGUUCUUUAUGAGGUUGACAAAGCACCAGAGAACAUCCAGCCCUUGAUAAAAUGGAUCAUGGACUGUUACACAGAUGCUUGUAAACUCAUUCUAUGCUGUGAAGAUGAUUCAGACAUUCUGGAAACAGUAAAAAAUCGGUGCAAAGUUUUGAAAGUUGAUGCUCCUGUGACCCAUGAGAUCAUGGAGGUUCUCAUUCAGAUAGCAAGGAAAGAAGAGUUUGAUCUACCGAUGAACUUUGCAGCUAAGAUCGCUGCCAAAUCGAAGCAGAACCUGAGAAAAGCAAUCAUGGCUCUUGAAGCCUGCAAAGCACACAACUAUCCUUUUUCCGAUGAUCAACCAAUUCCAUUUGGAUGGGAAGAGGUUUUGGUAGAACUUGCAACAGAAAUCCUGAUUGAUCCAUCACCUAAUAAAUUGUUUUCAGCACGGGGAAAGUUGAAAAGGCUUCUUGUGGAUUUUGUUCACCCCAAACUGAUUCUCCUGAAAUUGGUGGAGCAAUUCCUGAAGGGAGUAGAGGCUAAUUCAAGAAGGGAGCUUUAUUAUUGGCAUGCUUAUUAUGAUAAGAGGCUCCCAACAGGAACAACUGCUCUACUCAAAUUAGAAGAAUUUGUGGCCAAAUUCAUGAGCAUGUACAGGAAGAGUUCUGGCACUCGUCAGUAUGUAUAGUGGAGCUGGUCUUUAGAAGCCCUUAGC